AUGUUGAAUUAAGUGCUGAGUUCUGAGAGGAGGAGAGAAGGACGAAGGGGAGGAGGGAAAAAAAACUUGCUGGCACCGCCUGCCAGAGCCACAGCAGAUCUCAGCAUUUUAUCGCAUCGCCGCAUCUAACCCUAAAGUAUCUCCAACUGCCUGAGCCGGACUGGGUCUCUACAUCCAGGCUGGAGAGCUGUUCCUCGCUGUGUUGAGUUCACACACAGGUAGAAGAGAGAAAGGGAGGGAGUUGUUUCGCCGCUGAUGCCGGGGAGAUAAAUCCUUUAUCCCCCAUCUUUUCUUAUCGCCAUCUCUUAUCUUCCUCCCCUGCGCAACUGAGUCGACACCGGUGGCUGACUGGACGCGCUGGAUGGCUGCUGCACUCAGCGAACCGGCGUGAAACCUUUUUCCCCCCUUUAUCUUCAUCUUCUCCUCUGCCUCUGAGCCUGAAAACAAAACAACAAACAACAACAACUGCAGCAACAAUGACAGACCCGGCGACCCAAGAGUCCUGCCCUGUCCCAGACCCGACUAUAGUGGAUCCAUGCCCGGCCACGGUGCGGAACGGCCAGUGCGCCCCGGAUGGCUUCACCAACCACCACCACCAGCAACCCAAACCCCCCGGCCAGUCCGAGCCGUUCACCACGGGCCAGGAGAUGAAAAUCACAGACAGUGUGGAGGGUGAAGGUCUCCUCGAGAGCAGCAUGCGCCUGAAGCCCCAUGAGGCCCAGAGCUACAGGAAGAAGGCGCUCUGGGUCUCCUGGAUCUCCAUCGUGGUCACACUCAUACUGGCUGUGGCAGCUUUCACUGUAUCGUUCAUGAGACACAGCGCGUCAGCCUUUGGAUUUGCCUUUGAUGCCACGCUGGACGUCCUGUCAUCAGUCAUUGUCCUCUGGCGCUACAGCAAUGCAGCAGCGGUGCACUCUGCACACAGGGAGUACAUAGCAUGUGUAGUCCUCGGAGUUGUGUUUGUGCUCUCCUCCAUGUGCAUCCUUGGAAAGGCCAUCCAUGAUCUGGCUACCAGGGUGCCACCUGAAGUGGAUGACUUCCUCUUCAGUGUGUCCAUAGUGAGCGGGUUCACGUGCGCUGUGCUGGCUGUGGCCAAGUUCAUGCUGGGAAGAGUGCUGACGAGCCGGGCACUUAUCACUGAUGGGUUUAACUCUAUGGUUGGAGGAAUCAUGGGAUUUUCCAUUCUGAUCAGUGCCGAAGUUUUCAAGCACCAUGCUGAUGUCUGGUUUCUGGAUGGCACCAUCGGAGUUCUCAUUGGACUCAUCAUUUUGGCAUAUGGGGUCAAACUCCUGAAGGACAUGGUUCCCCGUGUGAGACAGACGAGGAACUACGAACGCUUUGAGUGAGAGACGUGUGUGUGUGUGUGUGUUGACCAGACGAGCAGGUUCUCACACACAUGCCACGUGCCCACACACCUGGCUGCCUCCUGACCUCCACCCUCUUCUCUCUGUCUUUCAUACACUCUUACAUGCACACUUCACCCGCACAUACAUACGGACGAUACACACUCAUGUUCUCAAACACAUGCAUAUAUGCACAUAUGCUGUAUAUUCUGUACAUAGUGCAGACAAAACAUACAUGCACACACAAAAUGUCUGAGAGACUUUGAGGGGAAAGGACAUGAUUGAAGACCUCCACCUGGAUAGAUGGCACUUCAGCUCUUCUUUUCCAUUCUUCUUCACUUUUUGUUUAAAAGUUUAAAAAUUACACCUUGAAUAAGGAAGAAGGCUCGAGAACCAGCAAGGGGUUUUUGAUUUGCUCGACCUGGACUUACAGUAGCUGCUGCUAAGAUGACACCAUUCACAUAAAGAUUAUCAAAAGGUGUAGAAAACAUAUAUAUCCUUAUUAUAUCUUAGUUAUAGAAUACAAACUCCACAUUGAGCUAAACUGCCCACUAAUUAAUUUAUUAUUCUAGUUUUGUAGAGCUGAUCUUUCCUAAAACACGCAGGAGAACCAGCCUCCUCCUCUCAAUGCAGCUGCUAUAUAUCCUAAUGUGUUCCUGAAAGAAAUAGAGAGAGGAGGUGGAAAGCAGAGAGAAAGAGGCUCAGACAGAAAACAUAAGCAUCACUGAGUCAGCAAACACUGCUUUCUCUGAAAGGUGAAAAGCAUCAGUGAACGUAGUGAGGUCCUCCUUGAUGCAAAACCUCUACAACUAAAAUCAAGCAGAGGUAAAGAGAACAGGAGACACGAAGGAUAAAUAUUUGCUGGACAGAGGCUGUAAACUUAAGUGCACACAGUUAUUUGACCCAUUAGUGUUACACUGCACUGUCUGUGAUGUGACUGAGCACAAAUUAGCCAACUCUUCUUCCUACAUCUGUGUUUGUUACUGACAGUUUAGCACAGUGUUAUUUAUCCUGUUUUAUUUUAACUGCUGUAUUUGAUAUACAUGCCAUAUGUUUCCUUGCCAUAUAUUGUACAUACAGAAUCUUUUGAUUUGUUUACAGACACACACAUACCUUGAUCAGUCGUUUCACUGAAAUCCACUCGAUAACUUUUGUGUUUUUACUUGAAACCUACAUUGAUGAAAUAGAGUUUUACCAGGAGAUGGCUAACAACUGAAGAACCUUAGGUUGUUAUAAGGGUAUGAUGGAAAAAGCACAUCAGUAUUUUUUAUUUAAUAGACGUAUAAGCACUAAACUCUGCAGGAAGGUUUCCUGCAACGAUUCUCUUAUUUAUCAUUUUCCUUAUGGAACAUUGAGAAUGAGUUGGGGGUAUUUAUUACUAUUAUUAAUAUUAUUUUACUAAUAUUUCAUUCUGUUUCUACCCAUUUUGACUGCAGCGUUCAUAUGGGAAAGAUGAAACCUAAGAUGAAUCUAAGCACAAUGACAAAGAUAAAGCAGCCUGUGGGAAUAUCAUUUACACCAUAUAACAUUUGCAGAGACAGUGUUUUCUCCUGUGUCUGCUUCCCUGUUUAUUACCCAUUUGGUCUGCAUGUUCCCAUUGUUAUCAGUCAUUAUUAUGUGCAGUGAACAGAAUGUAAAUACAAACCUCACAGUCUGUAAAUAUGUUUAUUACACUGUUCGGGUGCAUCAGUAACAAUGGUCACAAUAGUCAUAGUGCUUUAAGGCCGACAUAACAGGCUUUUUGGAGAAGACCGCUCAUAGUUAAAGUACAGGAUGAUCAGUGUUGCAUAUAGUUAAAAAUGUUUACUGUAGUGCGCUUAUACUGUAAAUGUUGUUUUACAUAUUACUGUAGAUUAUUGGUGAAAUGAAAUGACAAGUCUUACUGUAAGUUAUUGCACUGUAAGUGGAAAUCUCAGACUGGGUGUAGGUGGGAUCUGACAGCGCUGUCCAAGGCUCAGCGGUGCUUUUCAAUUUUCUCUUAUAUCAUUUAUUAGAAGCUGACAAAAAAACAGAAUUAAUUGCAGAGCAAAUCAUUAUUUUACAAGCUGAGACAGGAGUUACGCUGACUGCUGCGUUAUAUUAUUCCGAAGCUCAGGCAACCAGAAUAUUUUUAGAGAAAAAAUGAAGAUUUAAACAGUGAUGAACUGUGUGGAUUGUUUGUCCAGCAGGAGCACCAGUAAAUGAGAAAUAAGAUUGAUUGAAUUCAUAGAUUAACUUUGUACAAAUUCAUGGGUUGAUUAAAUUAUAAAUACUGGCAGGAUGAGCUCUCUAUCUACACUGUCUUAUGUGAGGGAACUUGUUCAGGUAAACUGAGGUCUGGUUUCUUCCUGUAAAUGUGGUUUUGUAAUGCUUGUGAGCCUCCCUGUGGUUGGAAGCUGCAUGACAAGAGAAUUAAUUAGUAUUCAGUGCACUGGAACCACAGGAGAGAGUCUAAAUUUAUCCCAGGCUGAAAACAGUUGCAAAGCCUUGGACAGUGACUCUGAAGGGGCCUACAUCCACUCUACACUGUAAUUACCAAUUCUGAGUUAACAUACUGGACAAGGUGCAAAAUUCUUGGUAUUAUCUUUAGUUCCGUUGUGUGAAGAGUAAGGAUUAGCUAGGACCUGAAGGUGUGAAGCUCACACCACUUCAACUCACCAACAGCACACUGAUUUGUAAUGUUUCCCCCUCUCUCUGAUGCAUAGAAGACAAUCUUAACAAUGACUUUUACAAGCAAAGCACAGUGUUUACAUGCUGACACCACCACAUAAGGCACACAACAAACUCAUGAUAGCUCAGUCUCAGAAACAGUAUGUUUUACUAGGCCUGUUGCUCACAUGCUAAACUGUUGUGUUUGGAUAAACUGUAGACCAUUUCAAUCUUGGCAACAAAAUCCUCUCUACCUCUCUUCUUUGCACUUUUUCUUUGCAUUUCACUUCUCUCGUGCACAUUCAUGCUACAGAAACUUUAGCUGAGUACUGUGAUUGUGGCCUCCUUAUGCUUGUUAGUGACAGGUGAUUUUUGAAGGUGUUGCUCUCACUGUAAAUCACUGGGUAAGUGCAACAGCUUAAAAAGAAAUAUGAAACUCAAACUGUAGUCCCAUGAUCAUCACAGCUGCAGACAGACUCCUGAACAUGUAUUUACAGUUUGCACAAACACAAAGCCUCUUAUCAUUGGACAGAUGCUACAAAAUAUGAAUUCAUGUCACUGUUUCAUUGAAAUAUGUCAGAUUCUGCAGCUUUGACUGUGCCAAAUCAUUGAGAUCAUAAGUCCACUCUUUUGACAUUUGUGUAUCUUUUAGUCGUACUUGUACUGAUGAAUGGACUGAUUAUCAUAAUCUCCCCAGAAAAGGCAUCAAACCACUCAAUUUACUUAAUUUAACAAACCUAUGAUAGCAAUACUAACCACUUCUGUGUUACUAUAGGCUUUGCAUGGGCUUGUAAAAACCUUCAGCUUCAGUGGUUAUGAAUGCAUUGCAGCCACACACACACACACACACACACACACACAGAACACAGAUAGUAAUAUGUAAGUGAAAUGACAUUAAAUUUGACCAUGUAACAGAAUUAUUAUUUGUCUGUUUGUACAGUAAUGAUAUCAGUGGUAUUACAGAUGAUGUAAACACCAUAUAUUUAUGUAAAAGAACAAUGAUAUCUCUUUGUCAAAGAGCAAAUUUUAUUGAUUAAUAAAGUUUUAUCCUGCUUAUUCAUCAA